UGACGGAGCAGGAAGUCGCGGACGUGCGCCCUACGGAAGCCGCGUCGGGCCUCAAAGCCUCCGGGCUCGGCGCCGCGGGACGGAGGUCGCGCGGGUUCCAAGGAGCCGCCUGAGGCGUGCGAGCGGCCGCAGCAUGGAGGACGACGCGCCGGUGAUCUACGGGCUGGAGUUCCAGGCACGUGCUCUCACCCCGCAGACUGCGGAGACAGACGCCAUCCGGUUCCUGGUCGGGACCCAGUCUCUGAAAUACGAUAAUCAGAUCCACAUCAUAGACUUCGAUGAUGAAAACAACAUCAUCAAUAAGAACGUCCUCCUCCACCAAGUGGGUGAAAUCUGGCACAUUAGUGCCAGCCCCGCGGACAGAGCCGUGCUGGCCACCUGCUACAAUCACACCUUGGACAGCAAAGUCCUGACCUGCGCAGCCGUGUGGAAGAUGCCGCAGGAGUCGGAGCCGGGCAGCCACGAGUCCCCUGAUGACGCGGCCAGCGCUGCGCACAGCCUGGAGCUGCUCUGCCACCUCGACGGCACGGCCCACGGCAGCACCGCCUGUGUCACGUGGGAGCCCACGGGAGACGGGAGGAGAGUCAUCUCGCUGGCGGACAACCACCUCCUGCUGUGGGAUCUGCAGGAAAGCUCCAGCCAGGCCGUGCUGGCCAGCUCGGCGUCCUUGGAGGGGAGGGGACAGCUGAAGUUCACCUCGGGACGGUGGAGCCCGCACCACAGCUGCACCCAGGUGGCCACAGCGAGCGACACCACUGUCCGUGGGUGGGACACGCGGACCAUGAGCCAGGUUUACUGCAUCGAGAACGCCCACGGGCAGCUGGUGAGGGACGUGGACUUCAACCCCAACAAGCAGUACUACCUCGCGAGCUGCGGGGACGACUGCAAGGUGAAGUUCUGGGACACCCGCAGCGUCACCGAGCCCGUGAGGACCCUGGAGGAGCACUCUCACUGGGUGUGGAGCGUCCGCUACAACCACUCGCACGACCAGCUCGUCCUCACGGGCAGCAGCGACAGCAGGGUCACCCUCUCCAACAUGGUGUCCAUCUCCUCCGAGCCCUUCGGCCACCUGGUGGACGAUGACGACCUGAGUGACCAAGAGGAGCGCCGUCCAGAGGAGAAGAGCCAGGAGCCCCCGCAGGACAGCGUCAUCGCCACGUACGAGGAGCACGAGGACAGCGUGUACGCCGUGGAGUGGUCCUCCGCCGACCCCUGGCUGUUCGCCUCCCUGAGUUACGACGGGCGGCUGGUCAUCAACAGGGUCCCCCGGGCGCUGAAGUACCACAUCCUGCUGUGACCCGAGCUGCCCGUCUGGGCGCGGUGCGGUCGUGUUCCGGACAGGGUCGUCUGCGGCCGCCGGGCUUUCCUCUAGGGCGGGCGACGGCAAAUGACGAUGGCACGUCUGCCGGUGCCACAGCCGACCCUGAGUCAGGUCGCCCGAGCCGCACUGGGGCCGCCGUCCGCUGUCCUGGGGCCGCCCGCCGGUCACCUGCCGGUCGCUGCUCACGCUCUCUCUUUCUCUUGAGGACGUUGGGGUUUCACUUAAAAAAACUUUGAAAAAAAUCUAAAAAUAGCAACUUUGUUUCCAUAAUGUUAAGUUGCCUUUCUCUUGAGACUAAAAUGGAAUAAAUACGCAAGGCCGUCACCCUG